UGAUAAUUUUUUUGAAAAAUCAUUUCAUAAAAUGUCAUUUAAAACUUUCGGAGAAAAAAUAUCCAAUCCUAUUGUGAAAGCCGAUCAAAACAAACAAACGUCAAACCCAACUUCGGUAUGCCCUCUGAACUUUGUUCCAAUCAUGCGAUUGUGAACUUUUUGCCAAAUCUACGUAUUUCUGCCGAGUGCAAAAUGUGAAAUAAUUGUACAACUUUGUGUAAAUAAGCAGCUUAUACAAUCUAUCUGUUUUCCAUUCCUACCGGAACACACAAUUCCAGCAUCGAAAGUAGUGAUAUGUGUUCGCGAAGCUUACCCUCUGGCACAGCAGAUCGUUAACAUUACGGUUUGAUUAUCAAGGAUUUCUUAUCUGCUUUACUGUAUACCAAUCGCUGGUUUCUGGUGAAACCUGUAUUGAACACACGUAACAUGGGUCUCGUAGCGUUGCUGUUGAUGGUUUUGGACCCAUUUAAAAUUAUAAGAAAUUAUAUCUUUAAGCCAAUCGCAACAUUCAGUUUGGCGGCAGCGGAAGAAUACAAAGCGCGCAAAGAGAAAAGUGUAAACACAACGAAAAAUGUGUUUCUCAAACUGUUCGUUGUCGUUUUGGUUGGAUUUUCUGUCGUGUGGGCAUCGAUAUUUCUGUACUUAUAUUUCUACUAUUCGUACAUGCCCUCCGUUUUACACGUGAAGGAUGUACAUCUAAACAUACGCGACUGCCCAGAUAAUGCCAUCGACUGCAAACCUUAUCCGACAGCGAACGUUGCCCUUACGAAUCAUCAUCGAUUUCUAAUGGUUGGACAGCCGUACAAGAUUAUUCUGAACCUGGAAAUGCCAGAAUCUGAACAAAACGGUAAAAUAGGAAUGUUUACCGUCUGUGGCACGGUAAAGGAUUAUGGAUAUAUGGAAAUAGGGACAUCUUGCCGAAUGUCAAUGCUACACUACAAAUCGAACCUGUUGAAAACGAUUCUUACAUUCGUGUUUGCACCGCUGUUAAUAUUCGGUUAUCGGGAGGAGAAGCAGCUAGUUACGGUGGAAUUAUUUUCCAACUUUCUUGAUGAUUCAAACCAUCCGGCAACAAACAUUGACAUCACGAUACAUUGCCGGGACAUUCAACUGUACUCAGCACAGCUGCAGGUGGUAGCCAACUUUACCGGAUUACGUUACCUAAUGUUCAACUGGCCUGUGCUAUCGGCCGUAAUUGGCAUAACUUCCAAUCUGUUUUUCAUUUUAAUUGUUUGCGUCCUGAGCUGGUACCAUUGGGAUGAUACGGAAUGGAUAUCCGACAUACGGGAUAGGUAUCAGCAAAUUGUGAAAGGAGCAUCGAAAGUGGCUUCAAUCGAACAAACGAAAACACUCAAACCGUUUAAAGAAACGGAAACCGUAUCGAAAGAUUGGCUGAUAGAUGAGGAAUAAUAGUUGAAGGUACUAUGUUUUGUAAUAAAGCGUCACAUUUUUUAAA